AUGGAUACUCAUCGACUUAAGCGCUCUAAUACUUUGAAUACCACCUACACAUCUUCUGGCAGAAAUGCUAUCGCUAAUGCAAACCCAAAUCAAAAUGCUGCAUCCCUACAAAAUUUCGAUUUAAAUGGUUCAGACUUGCAAAACGAGUCCGAUUAUCCACCAUUUCUCAAUCUCAAUACUAACAAUGACAAUCAGGAAAAUUCUGCUGACAGUGAAAGUAUUUCUUCUUUGGAAUCUUUCACAUUAAGGGAAAGACAAGAUGCAAUCAAUACUACCCAUCCUUUUGGUAUCAGAAUCUGGAAACCUGCCCUUUAUAAAAAAAUUCGUUCUGUGCAAAGACAAGCCGAUUCUGAUAUCCAUCAAGUAAACAAAAAUAUUGGUAGAAAAAUCACAUUUUGGGUUUCUAUCGGUAAUAUUAUUUGGUUUUUAACUUUUGGCCUAAUAUUGUUCAUCACUUGUUUGAUUGGGUUUUUCUUCACUCUCUUGAUCAAUUUAUUCUUUUUAAAUUUGAAAAAAUCUUCCAAAAAUAAUUCGCUCAACUAUACAUUUUUUAUUUGGAAAUUAGGAUUGUACUUUUUAAAUCCUUUUGGAAAAGUAAUUUAUCUUUAUAAAGACUCAAACUAUAUCGAUGAAGAUAUUAAUGAAGGUAUAACAAUAAGAGAAUAUCAAAGGUGGAGAAAUAAUACUGACCAAAGAGGUUUAUUUUUCUCUUCAAGAGGGAUGAGAAAUUCAAGCAUGGGCCAAACAAAUGUCUUAAAUUCAAAUACUAACAGUCUUGCUGUUGGUCCUGGUAACGAAAUAACACCAUUAUUAAGCCAUCAACCUUCGAUUAACGGAUCUGUUAUGGGUGACGGUGAUGGAAAUUAUCAUUCUUUAAGCAACGAUCCUCCUUUUAACCCAGAGGCAGAUGAGCAUGAUUAUAUUGAUUUAGAAAACGGUGCAGCUAACAAAGUUAGAUUUUUCGGUAGAGGAAAAUGGAAUGUUGGAAGACUAGCUUUUUAUAUCUACUAUUAUAUCUUCCUAGCUCCUGUGUUGUACAUAAUUUCAUUUCUUUGUUGGUUGUUGGUUUUCAGUAUACCUAUGUCCAAAGUAACAACAUUGUUGCUCAAUCAUUUAAGAAAACACCCCUUGGCUAUAUUUUUCAAGGAUGAUAAAAACUCUUCAGCGAAAAACAUAAACAAUUCAAAUAUUUUGCUUUGUACUUACAGAUUCAUGGGCUUCCAUUAUUAUAAAUAUACAGUUGAUGGUACUAAUGUUUUCUUAAUUAACUUAAUGUUUGGUGUGAUUUUUGUUAUUUUUGAUUUUUAUUUCCUUUCUGAGUAUCUUGAGCUCGAAUUAUUUUUAACUCAUCCUUCUGUUAUUUUUGGCCUUUGUCUUGCUAGUGUUAUUCCCUUGGCAUAUUUUAUUGGUCAAGCUGUUGCAUCCAUUUCUGCUCAAUCCUCUAUGGGGGCAGGUGCAGUGAUAAACGCAUUCUUUUCGACUGUUGUUGAAGUUUUUCUUUAUUGUGUUGCUCUCAAUCAAUCUAAAGGGAAAUUGGUUGAAGGAUCUUUGAUUGGAUCAAUUUUAGGUGCUGUUUUAUUGUUACCUGGGCUUUCAAUGUGUGCUGGUGCUGUCAAACGAAAAACUCAAAGAUAUAAUCCCAAAUCGGCUGGAGUCAGCUCAACAAUGCUAUUAUUUUCAAUGGUUGUCAUGUUUGCUCCAAGUAUUUUUCAACAAAUUUUCGGUGCCUAUGAAAUUACUUGUACCCAAUGCAACUCAGGUGAAGCAAUUACUUCAAAUGAUUGUCGUAAAUGCCACUUUUCUAUGCCGAGUUUAAAAUAUGAUAUACUAUAUUCUCAGUUUUUGAAGCCAUUAACUAUUUUUGCUUCCAUAAUAUUAUUUUUAGCUUAUUGUAUUGGCUUAUGGUUUACUCUUCGAACACAUGCUGCAUUGAUCUGGCAAACAAAUGUCGAAAGAGAGAAAGAAGGUGGCAAAAGUAUGGCAAAUUCCACAACAUUAAAUUCAGCAGGACCAGAGAUGGGUCAUUCUCCUAAUCUUUUACCACUAGAUGAGACAUCUGGUAUUUCAUCUUCAAUUAGAAGACCUUCAAUUACGAGAAAGAUAUCCUCAGCAAUUCAAAAUAUUGCUCAUACAGUCAAACAUGAGAUUGAAGGUCCAUCAAAGGAGGAGGAGGAGGCAGCUGCUGGGGGUCAUGACGCUCCAAACUGGUCCAGAAGUAAAUCAAGCAUUAUUUUGUUAGGUGCAACUGUUUUAUACGCCAUUAUUGCGGAGAUUUUAGUUGAUUGUGUUGAUGUGGUUUUGCAAGAAUUCCCUAUUAACCCCAAAUUUUUAGGAUUAACUGUGUUUGCGUUGGUUCCAAAUACGACAGAGUUUUUGAAUGCUAUUUCUUUUGCAAUGCACGGGAAUGUUGCUUUAUCCAUGGAAAUCGGUAGCGCAUAUGUUUUACAAGUCAUUUUGUUGCAAAUCCCAGCAUUGGUAAUUUAUUCAGUGUACAAUCUUAUGAAAAUACCCAGCGAAGAAAUUGUUGGUGUUAAUUUGGAAAAUAACUAUUUUACUUUAUUAUUUCCGAGAUGGGAUUUGGUGAUUUCCAUGAUCUCUGUUUAUAUGUUUACAUAUAUUUAUGCUGAGGGAAAGUCCAAUUAUUUCAAAGGAAGUUUGCUAAUAUUAAUGUAUUUGGUGGUUAUUUUUGGUUUUUACUUUAGUGACAUUGUCCAAGAUGCUACUUCAUAUACAUUUCAUGUUUUUAAUUAG